GAAAAUACUUGUUUGUAUCGAUUAUAAUUUUUAUCUAUUUACAAGAUUUUCCAAGAAUCGAUUAUUUUGCACCUAAGAUAUUCCUAAGGAGAUAUCGUCCGAAAUAUUAUUGUGGUGUUUCUUUUAGAUUUUAAUUGCAACAUUCAUUAUAUAAAAAUGGAUAAAUCUAAACCUGGAGAUGGUCUUAGGUCCAUUAAAACAACUAACGUUUUUAGAGUUGUCAACUUCGAACUUUAUACAGCUCCGAAUAAAGUUAUAAUGGGACUAGGAUUAAUUGCAAUUGUUGGAUGUGCAGGCUAUAUUGCAUACAUGCGAAAAAAAUAUGAAGGAAUGGGCUAUUAUCCAGCUGUAGAUUCCGAGGGUAAGGAAGUUUUUGUUAAGAAGGCGUCUAAAUGGGAUUAUUAGCCAAGAACUGUGUAAUUAGUGUUGGUAACCUUACCGUUAUCUUUUCUAAGGUAGGUUACAGUGUUCUGACUUGCAAGAGAUGGCCGACUUGAGUUUUCCUGUUCUGAAAAACGAUCGUUUAUUGAGGGCUGCUAGGGGUGAAAAUGUAGAUAAAGUGCCAGUAUGGAUAAUGAGACAAGCUGGAAGAUAUUUGCCUGAAUUUAGAGAACUAAGAAGCAAAUUUGAUUUUUUUACUAUUUGUCAAACCCCUGAAUUAGCUUGUGAAGUAACAUUACAGCCUAUUCAAAGAUUUACUGAUUUAGAUGCAGCAAUCAUUUUUUCUGAUAUAUUAGUGAUUCCUCAAGCUUUAGGAAUGGUAGUUGAAAUGAAACCAAGUGUCGGUCCUGUCCUUCCUCAACCACUGGUUAAACCAGAAGAUAUUUCCAAACUUAGUUAUCCUGUGAAUGUUCAAGAAAAACUUGGUUAUGUGAUGAAGGCAAUUACUUUAACAAGACACAAACUUGAUGGAAGAGUACCUCUGAUUGGGUUCUCAGGGGCUCCUUGGACCUUAAUGGGUUACAUGAUUGAAGGUGGAGGUUCAAAGACAAUGUCAAAGGCUAAACAUUGGUUGUAUGAGUAUCCGGAAAAAUCCAAGGAAUUGCUUAGCAUUCUUACCAAAGUAGUAGCAGAUUAUUUAGUAGAACAGGGCAAGGCAGGAGCCCAACUUUUACAGGUUUUUGAAUCAAGUGCUGAAUAUUUGGGACCAGAACUUUUUAAACAGUUUGCUUUGCCAUAUAUCAGAGAAAUCAGUGAAUUAGUUAAAAAAGGACUAGGAGAAAAAAAAGUGCCUAUGACAAUAUUUGCAAAAGGUGCCCAUUAUGCUCUUGAAAGUUUAGCCAAUAGUGGAUAUGAAGUUGUUGGAAUAGAUUGGACUGUUGAUCCUCGUGAAGCAAGAAAAAAAGUUGGGCAAAAUAUCACGCUUCAAGGGAACUUAGAUCCUUGUGCUCUGUAUUCUGAUGAAAAAACAUUAACAAAUUUAUCAAAUGAUAUGUUAAAUAGCUUUGGUAAGCAAAAUUAUAUUGCAAAUUUAGGCCAUGGCAUUUAUCCUGAUGUUGAACCUGACAAAGUUGGAGUAUUUUUAAAGACAAUUCAUUCCUUCUAAAUUGUUACUUCAUUUUAUAUUAAAUAUCUUAUAGUUUUAAUAUUGUUAAUAAAAUCUGAGAUUUUUUUAAUG